AUGAGAAGCAACACAUUUAAAGAUUGAAGCUUGUCUGUAAAGUAACUAACUUUUAUGGUCACUUUGAGGGAAUCAAGAAGCAUCAUUAUAAAGCUGUAAUAGGGCAUAACAUUUUCAGCAAUCUUAUAGAGAAACUGAUGUGACAAGAAGAAACGAGUUCUAAGGAGAAGGUUACAUGAGGAGCUUAGUGUAUAGGAAGAUGUGGUGGACAGUUCAUAGAAGGACAAACAAGAGGAACUUACGCCAGAAUAAGUGUAUAUGUAACUUGGGGAAAGACUUGGAGGAGAUACUAAAGGGGAGAUUAGAGACCAUAGACGAAGAACCUGAAGCAGAAGAGCGAGAAUGGUUAGGAGAAUCAAGGAAGCCAAUGUUGGUUAAGGCUAAGAUGAAAGUAGAGAAGGGAAAGGCAAUAGUAAAAGCAAAAGUGAAAAGUGGGAAAGUGUUUUACAUGUUGUGUGUUAUUGGCUUAGCAUCUAAACGUGGUUUUAAUGAUCUUGUUCUUCACUAAAUCCUAAUUUUCAUUUUUCAUCUUCUUGAUGAAUGUGUAUAUAUGUGUGUAUUUAUUUCGGUUAUACUUGUGUAGUAUGCAGUUUUCUGUUUAUUCUUGUCACACUUACUAAAUGAAAAAGAUGUCACUACAAGAAAACAUCAUUUU